AUGCCCUACGCAACGCCAUCCUCUCUCUCGUCUUCGCCGACCAGUACGAUGACCCUUACUACCACCGAUCGGAGCAUGGCACCACGACCGGCGCGACACCACAUGCGUUCACAUUCGUCCGAUGCGAUCCCGACGUCGGGCAGCGGCAGUCACAAGCAGACGAGCUUCAUUUACGUUCAGCCCGCCUCACCCGAGGGUGACAAGGCCAGGUCCGCUUCGAUCGGCGCCACAUGGAGCUCGACUGCCAACGCCGUCGCCGGACCUUCGAACGGCGCACCACCGAAACCGAGGAGGAUCAAGCUCUUCGGGUUCACGCCCGCAUCCGCAACGAACGAAGAUAACGAAGAUGGACCCUCAUCCCAAGACGAGUCUUCUUCAAACGAAGCGGCUCGUAACGACGAUGAUCCGGCCACCCCGCGAGUCGAGAAUGCCAACUAUACAACCAACUUCACCUUUGCCACGUCCGGAGUUCCCCUGGUGCCAGUACCCAGCCGCACGACGUCAACGCCCAUCGUUUCAGCGAUGCGCGGCUCGGGACGGGCCAAGUCCGACUUCACCGCUAGGACCUCUGCGAUGGUCCGCAAAAAGUCGGGCGAGCUGGUUCGGUCUUCACUCAAAGGUGGCGACCCGCUACGACGCGACAAGCCAAGGUCUGCGCCGUCGACGCCGAUCGGCGCCAAGUACGUCCACUUUGACACGCAGCUGGAGCAUGUCAAGCACUUCAUCGCCCAGCAGCGACCCGCCGCCGUCAGUCGGAGUGGUAGUCCCGUCGAAACCGAAACCGAGGACGAGCCCGAAGCAUUCCCCUUCCCCGCGAUGGCGAGUGCUCAAGCCGGCUCGAUCUCCCUGCGGUUGCCCAACUUCCCCGCACGACUUGAUCACGACCAGGACGCGUACGUCGAGUCGCUGGAGAUGGCCUCGGAUGGCAAAUCGAUCCGAGGUGUCGUUCGUGUGCGUAAUCUGUCGUUCGAGAAGUGGGUUGCCGUGCGCUUCACGCUCGACAAUUGGCAAACCGUCUCCGAAGUGUCGGCCGAACACCACGAGUCGAUGGGCUCGAUGUCGGAUCGAUUCGUCUUCACCAUCAAACUGCAAGACCUGCUCGCACGACUCGAAGCCAAGACGAUGUUCAUCGCCGUCCGCUACAACGUCGGCAAUCGCGAGAUCUGGGACAACAAUGGUGGGCAGAACUACCGCGUCGAGUUCGUCAAGAACCCCUCGCCCCCGACUAAACCGCACGGAACAGCGACAGCACAUGCGACGUCUGGCAAACGUCAGGGAUGGACUUUGGGCCAUGGUAGCCACUCGGCCGACCCGAUGGCCGCCCUGCGCCGCGAGUUGGAUCGACUGGUCAUGGACGACGAUCUUGAGCCCACGGCGCAUCACUCGACGCGAUCGUUCACCGAUGGGUCGCCGUCGAUGUUCUCAAGCCGGUACGACUUUGGCAAUUCGCUCAAGACGUUCGGCACGCGUUCCUCGACGCAUUUUGACGGUUUUGGCCAACUCCCUUCGGACUCAUCACCCAAGAUCAACAGGGCGUAUUCAACGACGAACAUUGUGGGCGGCAUGCCCACGACCGUUUACCACGAGCCCGCAUCGACCGUUUCGACCGCAUACUCCCAUGCCCCGGCCAGUGCCUCGGCUUCCUCCAAGCCUUCGGCCCCACUCGGCAGCCCGGUUGCCACGCGUGCCGAUCUUCCCCCGGACUUUGGCUCCACGACGCUGCAGCAGUACCAAGCCGCAUCGCCGCUGUACUCGAAAGCAUCCUCGCUGUACCCCGGACCUCCGUCGGGUCAUCGUGCCCCUUCACCUCCUCCCGAAGCCGAGCUCGCGCGCCUCUACUCGGGAUACCAAGACCGGCCCUUCCUGCCUCUCCAAGACACCAAAAUGAAGACGGCUGUGCGCACAUCGUAUCACAAACCACCGGUUCCAUCGCCAGGUGCACAGAUUCCGAGCUCGAUGAUGCACUACACCCCACUGUUGCCCCCGACCUUCCGAGAUCGAUCCCGUCGAUCACCCUUGGCCUCGCCGAUGAACUCGCCUCAUGACUCCCCGUCUAUCUCGCCACAAACGAUGUCGCCUCCUCGCAAGGCCUCGCCGCCGUUGUACCCCGACGUGUCGUCCCCCGAAGAGGCUCUGUGGUCACCUGCCUCUUCGUCGACGGAUCCACCAUCGAGCGUGAACUCGUCCGACGCGCAGUCGGUCGACUCUGAAGCCACUUCGAUCGCGGGAUCGCCGCUGCAAGGCACAACAAACAGGCCCAAUGGUCCCAUGGAGUUCUCGAGCUUUCUCGAUCGAGUGAGUUGCCCUCUCUGUUUCGAGUGUCGAUGAAGUUGGCUAUCGAAUCCAGAAAGCUGAUCUUCGCUGCGUGCUUUACCACGUUUAGUACUGUUUCCACACCGGUGGCCACAACGGCAUGCCCAAUGAUUCCUCGAGCGAUCUUGCCACGACGCCUCGCCGCACUCUGUUGUCAGGCUGUGGUAACGGGACAGGUUACUACUCGCCUGCUGGAUCGUCUCGCGCCUCCUCAGGUGCCUCCACUCCACCGCGCGAAGACGCGGCCUACGCCACGACCUUCCCCUCCGCCAUCGUUUCAUGA